AUGCAGCCCACCUAUUUGGUCAUCACCGUAUUCGCCUUAUGUUGCACCCUUGAAAUCGUUAAUCCGCUGUUAUUAUACGGCUGCACACUCACCGAUACGCUAUGUGAUGAGGACGAGUACUGCUUUUCGGACGGCGUGUUCGGACAGUGUUACUCGCCAAGUAGCGGCGCACCUACACCUACCGUAAUAGAUCAUCUAGAUGACACACAGUUGGAAUUACUUCGUUUAGAACUCACCAGAUUGGCAAGGCAGGGCCUUGAUUGGCCAGAUCAGCGCUCACAAUGCGUGCUUUCCUAUUUCAAACUAUCCAUGUACUACGGUCUACAGUACGAUCCAGAUUUCUGUCAAGUACGGAAUCCAUCGAACAUCUGGGCACUCAUACAGUUGAUCGAAAUGGGUUUGAACGAUAACCCGGAGGUUGAUGAACCGUCAGCUAUCGAAGGACCUGUUACUGAGGAGGUUGCAGAAGUCGAAGACAGCAACGGAGAGCCGGUUCUCGCCGAAAUCGCCGAUGAUGGAAGUAUAGACGCUGUGGUGCCACUCGAAGAACAACAGGAAGUCGACACACCCGAGAAUGACACAGAAACAAACGCUGAUACGGUGCCGGAAGAAGAGAUUCAAACCAUUUUGGAUCAGAUUCAGGAACCCCCGCCACAACUUAACAUUGACGAUCUGAACGACAAUGACGUCAGCACUGAUCCUAUCGUUGAGGAAUAUAUCCAGCGUAUUGUUCGUGAAGAGAAUCCAGGUUCGCUGUCAACUUCCGAUCUUGAUCUUUCCGCGUUAUCGGACGAAGAGCUGAACGAGUUGAUACGUCGUCUGUUCAUCCUGAAAAACAACCUAGCCGAUGAUGACGAUGAUGUAGUUGAUCAAGGUGAAGCCGAGGAAGCAGUGCCUUUGGAUGCAUUAGCGGACGAGAAGUUGGUGCUGAAGAAGGACGCAGAAGAACUCGGUGACGUACGUCAAGGACUUGAAAAUGUCGAGCACAAAAUCGUCAAAGGACGAAAUGCAGCAGUGACUAGAGUAGUGGGUAAUCGAGUCUAUCUAAAGGUCAAUAUCAAAGACGAAGAACAGCUGUAUCCGCUAAUUGAAUUCCUGCAGAACAAAAUAGCAACGCCGAACAAUCUGCUGUUCGAUGACUUCCAAUUCGACAAAAAUCAAUUAUCGAUGCGCAUCAGUCGUCUGGAACCCCAAAAGCCAAAGAGUGAAAAACGCAUAGAAACUGUGGAAGGUGUAGCUCAAGCAGUCUACAAGCGACGAAAGGAUAUUGCUAGAUUCUCUGGAGCCGAAGUGGAUGAGACCGGGAUUGGUAUCGGAGAGGAAUCAGUUCCUAUCGAGUCGUCCGAACGUGAUUGGAUGUUCAUGCCAGUGUUAUUCAUCUGCGCUUUCACUAUCACCGCUCUUGUCACAGUGAUGGCGGUUCAUCUCGUCAAACAUCGUCGCUACUACGGUAGCAACAUAACACAUGCUGCUGACGACAUCGAGGGAAAGAGCAGCCUCGCCUAUCAGGAGCUCUGCCGACAACGAAUCGCCCAAGAACCUGGAUCCGGCCGCGGCAGCAAGAGUUCAUCGACGUCAAGUUGGUGUGAAGAAGCUGCACAACAAUCAAGUAUCGAUAUUUCGACUGGUCAUGUGAUCUUGAACUUCCUUCAAGAAUGUCUGGCUGAUCCAUCGAAAAUUGAAGCGCAAUGGGAAGGAAUCCGUGACUACCGUAACCAGGACAAACAUACCACCAUUGGCGUUGAACACGCGCAACAAAACAGAGCCGUCGUGCCGUUUGACGAAAGCCUUGUACCAGUUGAGUCAUGGGAAGCGGGAAAAACUGAAUAUCUGAACGCUAGUUUUAUCUACGAUGACGAUCCACGCCAACCAGUAUAUAUUGCCGCACAAACGCCGCGUACAGCCGAUGUGGCCGCAUUUUGGCAAGCGAUUUGGCAGCAUGGAGUAUGCCUAAUUGUCAAUUUAUCCACCAUUGAUGAAGGGAAACAGGAAAAGAGCUAUUGGCCUGAAUCCGGUUCCGAGGUGCACGGUCCAUUUGAGAUUCACCUUGUCUCCGAACACAUUUGGAGUGAUGACUACCUCGUACGUUCGUUCUACCUAAAGAAUUUACGUAACGGUCAAACACGAACCAUCACACAAUUCCAUUAUUUGUCAUGGAAACAAGGCGAAACACCGGCCAGUCCGAAGAGUCUACUUGAAUUCAGACGCAAAGUGAACAAAUCAUAUCGUGGACGAGCCUCACCGGUACUGGUGCACUCAUGGGAAGGUGCUGGACGAACGGGUGCCUUCUGUGCGGUAGAUAUGUUAUGUGCCCGUCUGCUAAAAGGUGUACGUCAACUUGACGUUGUCGCCUCCGUAGAACAUCUUCGUGAUCAACGAGACGGUCUUGUUCGCACAGCAGAUCAAUUCAAAUUGAUCUACGGUUGUGUGGCUUUGGAGGUGAACACGUUGCUGAAAGCUUUACCACAAUAA